AUGCCAUCUAUUACUCGAUCAAAGAAACACAAUUUGCCAGAGGAAGAUCCUCCCAAAGUAGUUGCGGCGACCAAGAAGCCAAAGUCGGCCGGCAAAGCUUUGACCAAGGUGCAACAACAUCAGAUUCUGCUAGAUAUCGAGAAGCAUCCGGGCUGCCAGUUUAAAGACCUUCUGAAAACCUAUCCUGAAACCUACGAAGUUGGAGAUCCUAUUCAGACAGCGUAUCGCAAUCGAUUCAACUAUCUGAAGGAGCUGAAGAAGACCAAGCCAAAGCAGUACUGGGACCUGUAUUCCAAGGCAGGCAAAAUUGUGCUUGUGGGAGAAGAAGACGAGACCAAGAAGAAGGCAGAAGGGAAGCAACAAAAAGACACAGUCGAAGACACAGUUGAAGACAAGGCAGAAGAAGACAAGGAGGAAGACGACGACGAAGUCCAGCCCGACGAAGCAUCUACUAUCUCGGAAUUGACUUCACCCACGUUCGGAGGUCCUGUCAAGAAAAGACCGGUCAAAAAGAAGGUUGAACCUGCUGCUGCUAACACUACACCCAAAACAAAACCCAUCAUCCAGAAGAAGAUGCCGUCAUCAUCAUCAAAGAAGUCUUCUGCGGCAUCCAAAUUUGGCUCCCCUUCGGUCACCAGCAAGGCCAAGCGAUUUUGUCAGUUCGAAAACAUUGAAGAGGCCAAGUCGUUUGCUGAUGAAUCAAUCGAAGUCGACUUUGAUUUUCCAGAAAAGAAUGGUGGUCCACUGUUCUGGGUCCAGCAUGUCCCAGAGUGCAGGUCUCCUGAUGGCUCGGAGUUGAUUGACAAGGUGCUGAUUCGCGUCAAUGCUAUUAUGGAUUUCUCGGAUGCGCAUACCCUGAAAGGCAAAACAGUUGCAUACGGAGCUGGUUUCAUGCUGACAGUUCCUUGGGCUCCCAACUUCAUGCUUGAACACCACAAAAAGAUGUUCAAGAGAGAGGACAAACCAUGUGAUCGUACCCGUGACAAGCAUGCUACUGUGGCCAAUGCGAUCCUCAAGUCUGAGAAUCCAGAGCAUGGAUUGGAGCCACGCCGUUUCAAGAACGUGCUUUUCGUGUUUCCCAAUAGCAUGAUCAUUUCCACCAAGCUUGAUAGCGGGGAAGACCCAGUCGCUGACCAGAAGAUCACUAUCAGUCUUCGAAUCUUUACGGUCAAGAAAACAAAGGUUGGAGAGGGAGCCGACGAAGAAGAUAUGCCGCAAACGUAUUGUCCUGGUGUGUUCGAAUUCCGAGUGAUUGACGAAGAUGCAGAGAGUGAGCUUAAGCGCAAGAAGAAGGCCAAGAAGAAGGGGCAGUCUUUGAAGGAUCUCUUUGCUGGAAUGAAAGUCAAUCAAGAAGGUGAGCCAGAUCCUGAUGGUGAUAGUAGCAGCGAUGAUUCGGAUGACAGUGGAAGCAGUGGAGCUACCACCGCCACCAAACCGAAGAAACAAGACAGUGAAAGUGGUUCUCAAAACGGCGGCAGUAUGGAGGAGGACCUCUAA